GAUCUUUAACUGUUGCAACACAAACCAACCAAUGGUUCAAAGAGCUCUAGAUAUAUCCAUCAGAUUAGGUUCAUUUCAGCUCACUUCUCUCCCACACCACACUCUCUCAACAAGCAAGGCACAGACCCAGCUCUCUCUAUCUCUCCCAUACAAUUUCACUAUGUCAAGUCUGACAGUUUCAACAUCUUGCUUGCUCAAAGCAGCUGCUCCAAGCAGUUCCAAAGGUCUCAACUUGAGCAGAUCCUGUGCCUUGAUCAAGAACCCAUCUUCAUUGGGUUCUGUAAAGAAUGUCUCUAAAGCAUUUGGGUUGCAGUAUUCUUCCUCCUUCUCCUCCUCCUCCUUCCGAGUGUCUGCAAUGGCAGCUUACAAGGUAACGCUCAUUGGACCUGGUGGUGUAAAGUAUGAGCUUGAAGUACCUGGAGAUAUUUACAUCCUUGAUGCAGCAGAGGAGGCAGGAAUAGACCUGCCCUACUCAUGCAGGGCAGGGGCCUGUUCUUCUUGUCUUGGGAAAGUUGUUUCGGGAACUGUUGAUCAAUCUGAUCAAUCAUUCUUAGAUAAUGACCAGAUGGAGGAAGGCUUUGUGCUGACCUGUGCUGCAUACCCUACAUCAGACCUUGUGAUUCAAACCCACAAGGAAGAUGAACUUUCAGGGUAGAAAUUGGUUCUUUGUUGUUAAAUUUGAUGUCUAUUGUGUAAUGGGUUGUUCUCAACUAAAACUCUUUCAGUUACUCUCUACCAUGUAGAGAGUUUCAUCAAAAUUGGUUGAAUUGAUAUUCUCAAUCUGGUUGA